CUCAGACUCGACAGAAAACCAAGCCACCACAAUCUUCCUCAUAUAGAUCAAAAACAUGGACAGUUUCUUUAAUACACCCAUACCAGAGGACCAAGUUUUCUCUAAUGCCCCCAAGUGUCGCACUCGGCGGGAAGCUACGCGUCAUUACCUCGAUCACGUCCAUUAUACCGAACCGCAGCCCGAUGUGCCGGGGGAGAUAUUGCAUCACAUAGUACAUCCAUUCUCUAUGGGAUCAAUCACAGACCGGCAAAUAACCCUUCAAGAUAAUGGCAAUAUUUGCAAAUCUACAAGAAUUGGUCGAUCAAAUCUCGGCGCCGAGAAGCACCACCUUGAACUGGUUGCAAUGAAGACAUCAGUUCCAGUUCCCAGAGUCCACCAAUACUACGUCUCAGAGGAGUUUGAGCAUCUAGUAAUGGAAAAUAUGCCCGGAACGACACUUGAACAGGCCUGGCCAACUCUAUCUCACCUUGAACGCAAGUCUAUUGCUGAUCAAGUGGUAUCGUUAGUUCAACGACUUCGGGAAUUACGUUCCACCGAUAUCAACGCGGCUCUUCUUUUUAGGAGGCCCCUUCACACUGGUCUUCGAGAUGCGACAGAUCUUAGUAUGGAGAGAAUUAAGCCUUACCUAUCAGAUGAGCAUAUCGUGGCGUAUAUCAACAAGAGGAGCGCAAUAAUGGAAGGGCAGUUGAAUGUUUUUACACAUGGGGACCUAGAUUGGGGCAAUAUACUAAUAGCCGAUAAACAAGUUUGUGGACUGAUAGAUUUGGAAAGCAGCGGCUUCUUUCCCCCUUACUGGGAGUGGAUGAUGGUUAAGAGGUUAUCGCAUAGUCUGCCUAAAGAUUCUUGGUUUCACCUCCUCGAGGAGCGGUUAGGAGCGGAAGAUCACUCCAAUUGGCAGGCAAUGUGGGAGGUAGAGCAACUCAUUAUGGCACUGGAUGAGUUUUCGCGGUGGGACUUGACUCCAGCCGGGCGGGAAAUGAACCGACACAGAGGUUGGACAGAGGUGGUGAGAAUACUCGGACCGGGUGUCGGGGACCCGCCAGUAGUCCUAUAUGAGAUGGCGGCUGAGCAUCCUUGGUGGCUCGUUUCCGCAGCUGAUGGAGAGGUCAAGUUCACGAGCCGAAGGGAGUGGCCGACGCUGAUGAAGUCCAAGAUGGCAGUCCAGGCAUACUCAAUCAUGUUACCUUGCAACGAUUAGCUGCAGGAGGAGAUUUUUGGAGCGAGUGAGAGAUGAAUGAGGUAUAUUACUCCCUGAGUCCAACUCCUCAUAUCCGGACAGCGGAGACGCGAUAAGUGAUAAGCUACGCCCCAACCACGAACCCUCAUACCACGUCUUCCUCGUUCGUUUCUAACAUACUGACCAGUGCUGGUAGACCCUCGUUCACUAUACGGUGUGUCUGACGGCAUAUUCAUAUUCUUCUAGGCACCCAGGCAAAUGAGGAGGUUCAACUAGACCAUCGUUAACCUCCAGCGUUGCAUACUUUAGUCUCGUGUGCACUUAGGGGUUGCCGUACUGAGACUGACACCCCUGACUUCGCAAGAGUGGAGACGAGUUCACGAGUGAAGCGUGAGAAGAACGUUUGUUGGAAAUGGGAUAGCAAUAUACUCAAUACAUAUGUUAAGAUUUGCC